AUGGCAAUUUGUGAUGCCAAUUAUAAAUUUAUCUGGGUUGAUAUUGGUGACUAUGGUUCCAACAGUGAUGGUGAGGUGUGGGCAAACAGUAAUCUUGGUCAAAGUUUAGAAUCUGGUACAGCAGAUAUUCCACUUCCAAAGACAUUGUCUGGUACAACGACUAUAUUGCCUUGUGCUUUGGUGGGAGAAGCAUUUCCUCUUAAACCAUAUCUUAUGAGACCAUAUCCCAGAAGAUCGCUAACCAGUGAUUCACAACGAAUUUUUAAUUAUCGUUUGUCCAGAGCAAGGCGAAUAAUUGAAAAUGCUUUCGGAAUUCUUGUUUCUCGAUGGAGAAUUUUAAGGAAAUCAAUUCAAUGCAAGGAAGAAACUGCUCAUAAAAUUGUACUUGUAGUUUUGUACAACUAUAUCAUGUCCUCUAAUGAACAAAAGUAUUGUCCACCGCAUUUUGUGGAUCAAGAGAUUAAUGGCAUCAUUACUCCAGGAGAAUGGCGCAAUGAAGAAUUAGGAUCUCAUAUUGUGCGUAUUGGUCAGGUUGGCUCAAACCGAGCUGCUUAUACUGCAAGUGCUUAG